AUGCUAACAAAAGGUAUACAGGUCAAUGUUCUGACACUGAAGGGUACAGCAUUGUAUCAUUCUAUUAAAUUACGUGAUUUUUCAAUUUCCAAAUUAUUAAUAGAAAAUGGAGCCGAUUGUAAUCUUGUUCAAUUAGAUUUCGAUCAUAAUAACGAACAUCCUAAUGAUGGUUUACAACAUUUAUGCUUUAUUUCAACUCCAAUUGACUUUUUAUGCGUUGAGAAUAAUCCUGUCAAUAAUGAAAUCCUUAAAUACUUACUAGAACAUCGAUCUGCAAUUACCAAAGGUAUGAUAAAUCAACGAAUUCGAUACUGUGUACAAUUAUUUCACGACGGAAAUCAGGAAACAUUAUUUGAUUAUGCUGCAAGUUAUUUUUUACGAAAAAAUAUGUAUGAUCACCUAUGGGUUGUUGGUGAAGAUCCUUCACUUACGAUGAUAACAGGUAUUUUAAACAUUAAUGAACCAUCGGUAGAUGGUGGUACACAUCAAGCAUUCUUUACAUUGAUAAUACGUAGCUUAUUCGAAGAAUUAGUUCGUUUUGAGCUAAACCAGAGCUCCAAUAUCCAAUCAAAACAUGAAUACGAACAUAUGUUACGUGAACUUCGUCAUAAUUUAGAAGCAUGUAAUUUACUUGUGAAUAUUAGUUGUAUUGCUAAUGAACAUGUAGAAUUGUUUUACUCGUCAAUAAUAAGAAAUAUUAUUCAUCAAUUGAAGAAUAUGGAAAGGAACGAAGAAUACACAUUACCAGUUAAAUGGCUUGAACAUGCGAUAUGUCUCAACUUUAUACGAAAAUCUUAUAGUAUUGUGAUUCGAAUUGAUAAUCUGAAUUACAAUGAAUCAACCGAACAUCAAACGUAUGGAACUGAUGAAAAAAAUUGCAUCAUGAUUCCGAAAAUAAUAGGAGAAAUUCCUUUGAAGAAGCUUGAUGAUAAUACAGAUUACUUCAAAUCAUUAUUAAUGUCUAUGAAAAAAACUCUGAAUCGUUCCGACGGAAUCGAAACAUUUUACAAUAACAGAAAGUUAAAAUAUUUGGACACAAGUCGAGUGGCACAGAUGACAUAUCAAUUAGAAGAUCUUUGCAGAAAACUCGAGUGUUUCCGACCACAAGCAGAGAGUAAUUGUUUUUUUAAAUCACAUGAAAGUGGUUUAGCGAUAAGAUCAAAUAAUUACAAUAUCUUUCGCAAAAUUAUAACAAUUAUGGGAAUCUACGCGAUAAAAUUAAGAGGAGCGAAUUUAUUACAACAACGAAACAAUCUUGAGCACGCAUUACGUCACCACUGGGUUAAAGAAGCAAAUAUCAAGGCAGUUGGUAUGUUUACAAGUUUCCCAAUGGACAAUAUAUUACGAUUCACUGCGGAAUAUACUCAAUAUAAUUUUGCAGAACUGAUGGUUGGUAAGAGAGGUGAGCUUUUUGCGAUUUUCUAUGGCUCCAAUAUAACUGUUGGUUGUGGACUAGAGAUUCCCGAUGAAAAAGAAAUAUUAAGUUUGUUUCUAAAAUAUGUAUUUCCAAAGGUUGAAAACGCAGAAGAAAAUGAUUAUGCUAGAAGGAUUUUUUCUAUUACCGAUGAGCAAAAGAAUAGAAUGAAGACUAUUGUUAAGAUUUUAGAAGAAUGGUUUGUUGAUCUGGAAGAAGUGAAUUGUAUUAGAAAAUCAUCAGAGCAAGAUCAAAAUUUGAAGAACUAUGUCACUAAAUUACAGAAGAAAAUUCGCGAUCUUCAAGAUAUCUGCGUUUUACCGAGCGGUCUUGCGCAAGUUUCUCUCAGUAAUUCCAAUCAUUCAGAUUUUCUUAUGCUAGAAAAUAAAUAUAGUGGUCCAUACUUCGCUGCCUCCAUUAUUGAAUGUGACAGUAAAGAAUUCAAAUCAUUAAUUCAGAUGGAUACAAUAAGUCCUUAUCAUAGAUCGCUGCGUGAACUCACUACAGAUAAAAUUAGUUUAGGAAUAGAAAUAAAAAGAAUUCCAAAUGAUAAGUUCGAUGAUAAUUUUUUCUUACCAUUCGUAACACUUAAAACUAUUCGAAGUGACACAGCGUAUAAACUGGAACAUCUUUACGAAGUUGUUAUCGCUAAAUUAGCGGGAGAAGGAAAUUUAAAAAAUGAAAAAGAAUUUUUUGUUGAUAUUGAAGAGAAAGGAUAUUUUAGUUUAUCUUGGACACUUAUAAAGAAUGUAUUUUAUUAUUUGUUGAAAAAAUUCUUUAACCAUCAAGAAGCGCAUUCUUUAUAUAUGAAAAUACUUUGCAAAUUUCAUUUUUAUUUACUAACAAAUUAUUUCCACGACCAAAAUCAAAAUAAUACUAUAAUUGUUCUUUCUAAAAUGUUAGAUGAACUGACUCAAAAUUAUGGAUUUAACCGAGUAAUUCAGAUCUGUCAGUUAAUAGAAAACUUUGUAUUUUUAAUUGUUAAAGAAAAUCGUUUUAAAAACUGGUACAGUGAUUCAAAGUCCAAUCUAAUAGUAGUUAAGAUGUUAGUUCAAAUUGGAUAUUUGUAUUAUAAUUGCUCAGCAAUCAUUUUUUCAGAGUUAUAUCCUGAUGAAAAUCAAGAUAUAGUUAGAAAUGAUGACAAGAUUGGUCCUAGUCUUAGAAAUUAUAAGAUAAGUACUGAAUUACAGACUAUUUCUCUACAAUCAAUUCUUCCACAAUUAGCUUUACCAGAGAGCAAGUGGUUUUAUCUAUUGAAAAACAUUAAAGAAUAUUAUGAAUUAUCUUCAGUGAAUAAUGAACAAAGUACAACAGAGAAACUUUAUCUUUUUCAUUGGUCGUCACUUAUUAUAAGAGAAGACUCUGAUAGGACGAAUACUGAUGUAAUUUAUAUAUUAAAUGUCUUAAUAAAUAGUCUUCCAGACAUUUAUUCGAGUUUUAAAGAAACUCUCCAAGAUGUUAAAGUGAAUAAAUUGACAGAGAGAUGGUGUGAACUUUUAUUUACUGAUAAGUAUAUACCAAUAUUAUUAAUAUCUUUGAGAGAGAUCUCAUAUUUGUCACGACUAUCUCUAUAUGGAUUUUCUAAACAAACAGUUGAAAAAACACGAUAUUCAUCAUAUAACAAAAGCAUGUUUAAUUCUCAAAAUAAAGUCUUUUUACUACGACAGUUUACUGGUCGUUAUCAGAUACAACACUUAAAACAACAAACAUCGUUAACAAAUGAGUAUAAUACUAUUCAUUGUGAUUCUAAAUAUGAAUGCGAUAGAGAUCUUAAUACCGAUUUAUAUAAUAAAAUAGAUUCGUAUGUUGAUAAUAGAAAAUGUACUGAUUUUGUACUCGUUAGAGAACAAAACAAAUACCAAAGAUUAAUUGCAUUUAAAUGUUCAAUAGAAAGUGAAUCUUAUAUGGAUGAAAAUAAAAUGAUUAGCAGUCAAAAUGAAAAACCAGAUAAUUUGACUCGACCACAAUAUUAUCGUUUAGGAUGUAUUCAAUUAUAUAAUGAAUUAAGAUAUAUAUUGUUAUAUAUUGGAUUAAAAAAUGAAGAGAUUAAUUUUGAAAUAGAAGAACAUUGUUAUUUAGUUAAACAAGCUUUAUAUAAAUCAGUAUCCUCGAAUUUAAAUUGUAUUUUAGAAAAAGAUUUUCAGAACAAAAAUUUUGCACAUGUAUUUAUCAAUAUAUUUAUUAAAAUAACUUUAGAUCUAAAGGAAAAACUUACACAGUAUAAAUCGAUAGGACACGCUAUAGAUAUAUUACUGUAUUUGUACGAUUUUUGCUCUAAUAGUUUAAAAACUGAAAUUAAUAACUGUUUAAAAGAACUUCAGAACUCAUUCUCGACAUAUAUAUCGACGGAAAGUGCGUCAACUUUGAAAGAUAAUCAAAUUAUAACAUCUAUCUUGAGUUGCUAUUUUAUUUUAACAUAUAAACACGUCACGAUGUUCGAUAAAAUAAAUGUUAUAGAAAUACUCAAAUUCCGAAUACUGAUAGAUAAUAAUUUUCGAUUGAACUAUUCUGUACCUUCUAGUUUAUAUAUUAAAACAAUGAGAGUUCUUUUUAAUUUAAAUUCAAAAAUUGAAAAUAUUAUUGAUAAGAAUUUAGAUAUAUUAAAUAUUUCUCUUAAUCAUUCAAAUGAAUUAUGGAAAAAAGAUACAAAAACGAACUCCUAUCUUAACAGUUGUUACUCCUUUAUACCUCUGAAAGGUCGUAUAUUGAAAAAUGGUCAUUCAUUGACAUGUUUACCAAGUCGAAUUCUUAAUAAUUCACAUUAUGAAGAAUGCUUUGGAAAAGAAAAUUUUCUUGUAGAGAUUAGUGAAAGACAUGCUUUCGACUGUAGAUUACGUUGUUACAAAGCGAAGAGUAAUGUUCAAAUUAAUUUAUUGGCAAAUAAUCAAAUCUGGAUUGAAAAUAAUGAUGAAACAUUUGUUUCAAGAAAUUAUUUAAGUAAAUUACCAAAAUUCUUGAUUAAAGAUUGUUCAUAUUAUGAAAAUGAAAAAAUUCUUUUUUAUAAUCAUUGGUAUAAGAAUGAUAAGAUUUAUAUUAAAAAUCAAAAUAAACAGAUUCAAUUUGAAAUAGAUUUAAAAAAUAAAGAAAUUUAUUCAAAUAUACAUAAUAUGUAUAUUAUUCCUUUUAUUAAACAUAAAUUUGAUCAAUCAAAUAUUUUAUAUAGAACAUUUUCUCAAAUUGAAAAUGAUAAUUAUAUAUUAGUAUUGAAAAACAAUUUACAAGACGAUGUACCAAAGAUGAUUUAUUUAUUACGAUUAAAUUUAAAAUUUAAAUUUGAAAAUAACAAAAUUUUAUCUGAAGUUUUUAAAGAUUAUCGUUUAAGUUCAAAUCAACAUAUUGAUACUUUGAAUGGAUUAUCACAAUAUUUAGUAUUAGAAACAGAUAUGGAAUAUGAUAAUCCAAUAAAAUGUAAUCAGAAAAUAAUUAUACCUUAUUGUCGUAUUGAAAAAGAAGAUUUAUUCUUUGAUAAUAGAAUUAAAUUAAAUUUAGAUAAACUCGGAAAACCAAGAUAUUUUUCAUAUGAAAUUGAUGAAAAUCUUAAAUGGAUUAAUGCAGAAACAACAGCUGGAAAUUUGUAUCUUGCGCUUCUCUAUUUUAAGACUGCUACAUUAGAUAAAGAUUUAUUUCUUCAAAUGAAUGGUUAUGAAAUAUGCGUAGAAAUUCUUAAAACAUGUUGGCAAUCCAAUCCAUAUUCAGAUAUAGAAUUUAAUCUUAUUUUAAAUUUUUUUGAUAAGAGAUUUUUAAAUUUAGAAGAACCUUGUUCAAAUGAUAUUAAUUUAAAAGAAAUAUUUGAAAUCUCUACUUGUGGAUUAACUCCUUUUCAUCGUAAUACUCAUGCUAUUUUACUUCGUUUAAUAUAUCUUCUAAUCGAUAGUUAUCAAACAGAUUUUCUAAUUAAAAUAGAUAAUAAAGAGAAAAGAUUUUAUUCGUAUUUUAUAGAAAAUGGUUUUCUAAAUUAUCAUUUGAAUUUUUAUUUAAUUUUUAAAAAUCGUAUUGACAAACGAUGUCGAUUAAGUCUCGAAGAAGAAAAGAAAUUAUUAUUAUUUUGUGUAAAAAAUUAUCCUAAUUCAAGAAUUUUCGAUUAUUUUCAAUUUAUAAAUCAUUUCAAAACAUUAAAAUUAUCAACAAAUAAUCCAAUUGAUUAUAAACGUUUACAAAAGUCUUUUAUAUCAAAAGAAUCAUUUCAAAAUUUUAAAUUCAUUACAGAAAUAAAGAAAAGUUUAUCACUUUGGUUUUCUCGUUCUCUUUAUUCGCAUUCUAAUAAAAUCUAUCGAUUUACAAAUCGAUUUAAUCAUUGGAUUCAAUUCAAUUUUAAUUUUUCCUAUUUCGUUUCUCUUUAUAGAACAGCCUUAGAUAUAGGAAUGACUAAUAAUUUCAUAAAAAACAACUUUGAAUAUUUUUUGAUUUGUUUAUUUUUAAAUGCAUCUGACGAAAACAAGAUUUUUGUAAGAAUUUUGUACAUAGUUUCUUUGUUGUCACAUCUAUUUAAGCCUUUACCAGAUUUUCUUUUAUUACCAACGAAAGAGAUUAAUUGUGAGCAAAGUUAUAAAUUGGAUAAUUAUUCAAUUGAAUUUCAUAAAACUGACAUUCCAAUGAUUAAUAAUAUUGAGACAAAUCUUGAUAAUGAAAUUUCUAAUUCAAUUUGGUCAACUUUAAAGAAGAAUUAUCUCAAUGAAGAACUAAAACCGAAAUAUAGUGUAGCAGAUUCUGUAAAUUCAGAUUUCCGACUAGAAUUUCAGAGAAAUUUCGAACCAAUAAUAAAGCAAAAUAAUAUUUCCACUACUUUUUUGAACGAAUUAUAUCAAAUUCUUGUUGUUAAAAUUCGAUAUAACGACUUUUAUGAAUUUUUAAUUGAUAUUGCUCAUCAAUGUGAACAAAUAGUUUGUCAUUAUGACAUAGGUUAUAAUGUUAUCAAUACAACAGGUUUACAAAGUCUUAAUAUGAAUUUAUCUAUUGAAGAUAGAAAGAAUGAGAUUAAUGAAAAUUAUUCAUAUCGAAACAUCAGUAAAGAUGAUAUAUAUGAUUUAAAAUGGAAAGUAGAAAAUAUUGAUAUAGAAAAAUAUUAUAAACAUCUUGAAAAUUAUUUUCAGACAAGUACUUCUUAUCCUGAGAAAUUACCUUUUCCUCUCGAUCUAGAUACUCUUUCUAAUAAUUCUAUUUUGAAAGAAGUAUUUUCAAGUGGAUAUGGAAAAAACCUUAUUUCUAAUCUGAAAGAAAGUUAUGGACAAGAUUUAUCAAUAGUGAAAAUUAAUGAAAAAUAUUUUCACUUUUCUAUGAAAGAACCCAAAUUAGGUAUUGAAAUUUUAAAAGAAUUCCAAUAUGAUUAUAGAAAAGAAUUGUCUAAUUUAAAAGAUAAUUUCAAUGAAAUGAAAAAUAAAUUACUUUUUCAUGUUGAACAAUGGAUUAAAAAUGAAAUUUCCAAAGAAUAUAUUUCAGAAUGGGAACGAAACAAAAUAAAAAAUAUGAGAAUAGAGUUAGAGAAUCUAUAUCAGAAUAUCAAUCAUGAAUUAAUUAAACGAUGUAUUAUAUUUGAAAUUCUUACAUUAGAAGAACUUAAACAACAGUUAGAAAAAUUCAAGAGUGAUAAUAAUCUUAAAAAAGAUGCGAAGUAUUGGCUCAGAACUUUAGAAGAUAUGGAAGACAAUAUAAAAGAUUUUCUUCUUGAAAAUAAUUAUCUUUUUCAACAAUAUUUCGACUAUUGUUAUAAAUAUGAUAUUGUAAAUCCAUAUAUUUUUAUGUUAAUAUUUCGAAGAAAACAAAUUAAUAUUAUAAUCUAUGAAAAAUUAGAUAAUACAGUAUUCGAAUUAAAACAAAUCGAAGAGUAUACCUAUAGAAAUGACAAAUAUAAAAAACAAUUUCAAUUCUGGUUAAAUCAAGAUAAAUUUUAUGAAAUAGAAAUAAAUCAGGAAAUCUCAGAAGAAUCUAUAACUAAUUCAACAAUUAUCGGAUAUUUACAAACACCACAAAAGAAAAUUCAUUUGAAAUCUGAAUAUAAUUUCGAUAAUAUUGUUCGUAUCUUAAUUGAAUAUUAUUUCGAUUUCGAUAGAACGAAUGAAAAUUUAUUUAAAGAAAUAUAUCAAAAUAUGAUUCCUGUAAUUGAAUAUGAAUUUGAUGAAAUAAAUCUAUUUGUUUUACGUUUGAUUAUAGGAGAAGAAAGAAAUCCAAGUAGAAAAGAAAUUCUAUCUUUAUUGAAAAAUAUCGAUCAAUUUAGUGAAUUUAAUCCUUUUAUUCUAAAUCAAAAAGAAAUAUUCUAUGAAAAAAUCAAAAUUUAUUCAAUUCAACAAACAUUAAUUCAACAAAUUCGAAGAGUUCUUUUAUUAGUUUAUCAAUAUAAAUCAUUAGAUUUAGAAAAUAAUUAUGAAGAAAAAGAAAGAAUUUUAGAAAAUAUUCUAACAAAUCUUUUAAUGAAACGAUCUUAUAAUGAAAAUAUAUAUCCAUCUUGGUUAUUAUUUGAAAUAGAAAAUAAUCUUUUAAUUCGCAAUACACAAUUUACUCUUAUACAAACAAUGAUAGAAGAAAAAGAGAAUAGUAUUUAUCAAUUAAAUAUGGGAGAAGGUAAAACAUCAGUUAUUCUAAUUAUACUUAGUGAAAUAUUAGCUAAUACUAAACAAAUUGUCAGAAUAAAUUGCUUAGAACCACUAAUAGGUGUUAUGUAUGAAUUAUUGAGAAAUAAAUUUAGUAGAUUAUUACAAAAGAAAAUUUAUAUGUUACCAUAUUCAAGAGGAGUUUUAUUUUCAAUUGAAAAUCUGGAAAAAAUUAAAGAAAUACUUAUUGAAUGUCAAAGAGAAAAACAUAUUCUAUUAGUAACACCUGCACAACGUUUAUGCUUUCAAUUAAAAAAACAAGAAAUCAUUUUAGAAUAUGUACAAUCAGAAAAUGCGGAUGAUGUUUUUAAUUGGAAAGUAUAUGAAGAACAAACUACUAAAACACAAUAUAAAUUAAUUCGUUCUAGUAAUACAUUAAAAGAAACAUUACGAUCAUUGAAAUAUAUAGAUUCUCGAGAUAAAAUAUUGAAAUAUCCUUGUGAAACAAUUGAAACUUUUGUUGAAGAGAUACGAAGUAAAAAUAGUGAAGAAGAUUCUUUGAAUAUUAAAGAUGCAUUUCAUAUUUUAAAAUAUUAUUCAACAAAACACAAAAAAUACGUGAAACAACAGUUAGAUUUACUUGAUCUAAUCGAUCAAUUUACAUUUUUUGAUAUAUUAGAUGAAUCUGAUGAAAUUUUACGUCAUAAAAAAGAAUUAAAUUAUACAUUGGGUUUAGCUCAACCUUUAGAUGGUGGUGAAGAUCGUUGGGAAAUUCCAUUCUUAUUAUUUAAAAUCAUUUUUACUGAUAUUGAUUUUGGCAAAUUUUUAAAACAUGCUUCACAAAACAAUGAUUGUCCUGUUAUUUUUCAAGAAAAUUUUCGACCCUUAAGUGGAAUAGGAGGAGGAUGUUCUCUCAUACGUUUUCUUAAAUAUGAAUAUUUUGUAGAAAACAUCAAAACAAAACUUUGUCAGAAACUUUGUGUAAUAUUGCGUUUAAAAUUUCAUGAAGAAAACAUAGAUAUGAUCGAUGAAAAUGGUAAAAACUAUGGAAGUUAUGAGAAUUUUGUAGCAGGAAAAUAUUUAUCCGAGAAAAAUGAAAUUGUUCAUUUUUUAGGAACAAAAAAUCGUCAAAUGUUAAAUUGUUUUUUAUUAGCAAAAGCUUGGUUAUCUCAUAAAUUACUCUAUCAUGUAAUGAAUUAUCGAUAUCGAGUUGAAUAUGGAUUAACUGAUAAAAAAGAUAAAGAAAUUGCUAUUCCAUUUCGAGGAAAAGAUUUACCAUCUGAAAAUUCUGAAUAUAGUCAUCCUGAUGUUAUGAUAGGUUUUACAAUUAUUAGUUAUUUAUAUAGAGGUUUAGAUUUAAGUCAAGUAAAAGAUGGAUUAAUUAAAUUAAAAAAUGAUCCAAGACAAGAUAAAGAUGUUCUAUUAAAACAAUGGGUUGAAGAAAAUACAACAUGGAUUCAUGAAUUGAGUGAAAAAGAAAAUCAACGUUUUCCACAAUGGUUAAAAUCUUUCAGAACAUUUGAUCUUGAAAAUGAAAAUAGAAUUAGAAAAGUUUAUCUCUAUCUUUCUCGAAAUUUUAAUUUUAUUCAAUAUUAUUUAAGUAAUUUCACAUUUCCACAUGAUGCCAAAUAUUAUGAAAAGAAACUUACAGGAAAUGCUCACACAUUAGCAGGUGAAGGAAAAACAAAAGGAUUUUCGGGUACUAAUGAUUGUAAUGAUACUAUGCCUGAAUCUAUUAUUCCAAAAUUACUAACAUCUCAAGAGGGAACAAAUGGUAAGAUGUUACAUAUUUUAUCUCGAAAAAUAAAUACUAAAUAUCAAUCUAAAUUAGAAAUAUCUAAUACAUUGAAUCUCUUAGAUCAAGUUUGUGAAUAUGUAAAAAUAAAUAAGGACUGUUAUACUUUAAUUGACGCAGGUGCUAUGAUUACAGAAAUUAGUAAUUUUGAUGUAUCGAAGUAUUUUAUUAAGAAAAUCCAUCAACGAUUUGAUGGAAUUGUCUAUUUUUCUGAUAAAACUAACCAAAUAAUGGUUAUUUUAAGAAAUGAAAAUUGUUUACCGAUAUCAACAUGUCAUAUCGAUAUUAAGAAAUUAUUUAUUUACUUCGAUGAAGUUCAUACUCGUGGAACUGAUUUGAAAUUACCAUUAACUGCAAAUGGAAUUGUAACAUUAGGAAAACAUAUGAGUAAAGAUAAAUUAAUGCAAGCAGUUAUGCGUCUUCGCGAUCUUGAUUAUAAACAAUCAAUCGUACUAUGGGGUUCGAAAGAAAUCUCAGCAGAUAUUGCAAUGGUAAAUGGAAUUAAACCAGAUGAUAUAAAUAGUAAACAUGUUUUAACAUGGGUUACUUAUAAUACAAUUCAAACAAAUGAAAAUGAUUUAUAUCUUGUUACGAAAGAAAAAUUACAAUAUAUUAUUAAAAGUAGAGCACUUGAGUUUCAAAAACUAUUUCUAGAUAUUCGAUUGGAUUCUCUUAUAAAAGUAUUUGUCAGUGAAUACGUAGAUAGUAUUGAACAUUUCUAUGGAAAAACGCCUCAACCAAGAAAUCCAAGAGAUCUUUUACAUCAUAGUAUGAGUGCUUUACUAGGUCGGUUUUAUCCAAUUUUUCAAAAUGAACUGAAGGAAAAGGUAAAAUCCUCAGACUUACAUGGAAAAAUUCUUACUAUAAGCGAAGAUACUGAUAGAGAAAAAAUGAGAAGUAUAAUAGAAAAAGUAUAUAGCAAACUUCCUAGCAAAAUAUUAACAACUAAUACUGAAUUCAAUGGUGAUCAAGAAAAUGAAAGAGAGACUGAAGAAAUAAAGCGUAUUGAGAUAGCUUAUGUAAAAUAUUCAGUACCAAUAAGGGAGAUUAUUUGGAAUUUUCAAAUGAUUUUCGAACAAGAUUUUAAAGAGAAAGGAUUAAGAGGAGAAAAAGAUUAUCCAGUAUUGAAAGAAUUGAAUAAAUGUUUUGAAUUUACAAAUAUUGAUGGUUUAAAAACGUUAAAAUGGAAUAGUAAAAUUCUUGCGACUAAUAAUUUUAUAGAAACAACCGAUAUUAUAGAUAAGAAAAAUAGACAAUAUCAGAAUGAUUAUUUGAAACCAGUAAACAUGAUAGUAAUUCAUAAAACGGAUAGAGAAACGUCUUUUAUAAUUAUUUCUGCGUUUGAAGCUAAACAUCUUAUUCAAUUAUGUCAGAAAAGAAUAGAUUCUACAGUAAGACUAAUACAUAUCGAUGAUAUAGAUGGUUCGAUUAUGAUUCCAAUAAAUGCUCCAAAAUUAACAAAAGAAGAGAAGGAUGUUGCAACUAUCAUUCGAUUAUUUAAUGGAGAUUGUCAUUAUAAUAUGAAUGAAAUUGAUGUUAUAAAAAAAUGUGUUGCUCUUGUCGAGAGUGACCGUUUACAUGAGGACAAAGCAAUAUCGAAACGAAUCCAUACUGAAUUGGAGUCGAAACAUUAUCUUAUGAAUAAUUUCAUAACUUCGAAUUUAGCAAUUAAAUUAGCUAAUUCAAAUGAUCAAAUCUUACUCGAAACAGAAAAUCAAUUUAGAAUUGAUCUUCAAAAUAUUUUUCAUUCUAUUAUUAAUGAAAGUAUUGUAGGAGACGUUAAGAAGGUUUAUGAAUUACCGGGAUUAAUUAAACAAUUGAUUAGAAUUAGAGGAAAAAGCGAUCAGUAUCAAAGUAGUACAUUAAAAACAGUACUUGAAUAA